AUGUUGUUUUCUGGAGGAACUUCUGCGAAAUCGAAAAGAGACGAAAAGAAAGAAAAAAAAUCCGACAGAGAUGAUAAGUUUGAAAUCCAAGAACAUGUUUACAUGAAAUGGGGAAACUCGCUCAUUUUGAACGAGCCGCUGAAGGAAUUCAAAGACUUAUGUGAUCUCAGGCACAUUGCUAGUGUUUUAGAAAUUGUAACAGGAACAAAUUUGACUUUAACAGGAUCCCGCACUGAAGACUGUGCCACAAUUUUAUCAUUGCUUAAUGACACCAAGACAAGUUGUCAAGAGUUCGUAGAAGGACUACAAAAGGCUAUACUUGCUGUGUGGUGGAAUCUUGUUCAAGCGUUUUGGAAACGUUUUGCUCCUGAAGCUAUAAGAGAUGAGAAGGUGACAGAAGGAAUAAAGCAGUGGUGUUUGGAAGUGACAAAAGAUUACGAAGAAGUGUCUGUUAGCGAUUUCACUUCAUCUUGGAGAGAUGGACAUGCUUUCAACUGUUUACUACAUAAUUUUGACCGGAAGUUAGUCCAUUUGCGCAAGAUAUCUGAAUGGAGCGCCAGUGAAAGGAUUGAUAACGCUUUCUCAGUUGCUGAAAAAGAAUUCAAAGUGCCACGCUUUCUGACAGUCAAAAACCUGCAAAGCGAGCAUUUGGAUUCGCGUUCGGUUGUUUGCUAUUUGAUGACAUUGUACCUUACGAUUCUUGGUAAAUCGUCUAUAGCUUUAAAUAACGAAAUGAUGUCCACGGGCCCUGUUUUCAUUAGUGCACAUGAUGGCCAACAUCAUUUGUCAGAACAAGAUCACAAUGCCCAAUUAGAUUUAAUGCAUCAACAGCAAUAUGUGCAACAACCUGGCGCCUCGUCAUCUAGUGAACAGCAAGCGAGGUUCGGAUCUUUUGCGCAAACAACCUCCAUGGACAUGCCAUCCACCUCUCAUUCUAUUGCUCAACCGGAAAAUAUCAUUGGACAAUCUGAAGUGAAGAGUGCGAGAACGAAAGCUCAGCAAAGCGUUGAUCAACCGAGCGAGAGCGUAGAGGUGCGGUCACGAAAAUCAUCGUCUUCAUCACAGAAAAGUGGUCGCAGUAGGAGAGAGCGAAAGGAGGCCAUGACAAGGGAGUUUGAAAAUUGUCUCGAACAGGUUCUCACUUGGUUAUUAGAAGCCGAAGAGGAAUUGUCUUUACUUCCGGAAAUUGACUUGAAGGAAGUGGGCAUCGUGCGCACCCAGUUUAAAGAAUUUGAGUUAUUUAUGUCUUCAUUAACAGAAAGUCAGGAAACAGUAGGACGUGUUCUGCAUCGAGGCCAAUUGCUUUCUAACAAAGCUGAAUCUGAUGAAGAACGGGAUGCAAUUCAGGGGCAACUACAUAUUGUUAAUCAACGAUGGGAAGAGUUACGAGCACUAGCAUUAGAUCGGCAGACUAAACUUCAAACACAAUUGAAUUAUUUGCAACAAAAGCAGUUAUCAUCUAUAAGUAAAUGGCUGUCAGGAAUGGAAACAGAAAUAAGCUCUACUGGCUCAAUAGCAACAGAAACAGAAGCCAUAUUAGAACAGAUGGAAGAGCAUAGUCGAAUUCAAACUAAAAUUGAUGAUUUCCAACCCAUCAUUCUGCAACUUAACUCGUUCGUAGCCGUGGUUGAUGAUGGAGAAUCGGCUGAGGAAUCGGUAUCAUCUCUUGAGAUAGCCAUGGCUACAAUAGGUGAACGUUGGAAGGCGAUAUGCAAUUGGGCUGAAACGAGGACCAACCAGCUGGAUGGUCUAGCCGAAAUCGUAGCACAAACAGGUCAAGUAUAUGAGCGGUUAGAUCAAUGGCUUUGCGAGCGUGAACAAGAAUUAAUGGAGAUUAAAUCGGUUCAUCACUUAGAUGACAGUGAACAAGUCGCGGAACAGGUCCGAAAGUUACAAAAAGCAGAGUCGGCUUUUGAAAAAGAACAUGGUCAGUUUGUGCGACUCUCUCAGUUAUCUUGUGAGCUGGUCGCGAGAUUAGAAGCAGGAAGCGGAAACGGACAAGCUGCCAACGAAGCACGAAAACGAUUAGACGCUGUAACUCAAAGAUGGGAUAACUUAGUUGCCAGAAUCGAAGAACAGAGUAAAAUGCUGGUUCGUAGUGGGAAGGCAGAUAUUAAACAACUCAAGAAUGUAGAGAGAUCUGGAGAUGAUUCUUCUACUAUUGAGGAAUCUAUUCGAGCAGAUCGUGUUGUUGUGCCUGAUCAAGCAACGUCGACUCUUCAAGUCACUACUAUUGACACUAUACCUGAAUCACUAACAGAAACAACUGACACAGAUGGAGAAGAUACUGGAACACACCUUAUCGAUAGAUUUGUCCAUCAUGUUAACAAAGUUAACGGCGAAAUGGAGCAUCUACGUCAUUGGACUGAGACUUUCUCGGCUUCAAGAAAAUCUGAUCAAAUUAAAAAAAUGAUUAACAUAUGCCAAGAGAAACUAAUGGAAAUCAAAGAUCAAGAAGGAAAGGUUUCUCGCUUGCAGUUAGAACUUGAACACUUACACUUGAGCCCAUCAUUAACUUCAAAACAACUGAAAGUUGCCAACGAUGCAUUCGAUAACUUUGCCAAAGGCUGGGCAAAAAUUGUAACGAAAAUCAGCGAAUCCAUGAACAUCUUGACUGGACAUGUUGAUGACAGCGAAGAAAUAGCAAUAGCUAAAACAAUCGAACAAUGGAUUGAGCUGUCCAAUAAACAGAUGAACGAUCUCACUCUACUACCUACAUUCGAACAAGGAUCUAAACUGGUAAAACUGGAGCAACAACUAGAUAUACACACCUCUAAUCUCGAGUUUGUCGAGAAAGACUUGGUUCGGCGAGCAAUUUUGAAGAAAGGAUUAGAUAUUGUGAGGAAAAAAAUCGAAACUAUGAAAGCUGCUCAUCAGCCGACGAUUGCUGAAGAUGAGGAAGUUAUUGUGCAAGAACUGGAUGGUCAGUGGUCUUCAGUUGGCGACCCUACAGCCUUAGAUGCGGAUAUUCAACGAAGUAUGAAACUCGUACAAAAAGCAAGACAGGAAAACAUGUCUAGUGAUACCGUUGAAAAGGCUGAAACAAGACGAGCAGAAAUGGAAGAAAGGAAAAGAGCAACUGUUGCAGCUUUCGAUAAACUUUCUUUGGCAGAAAACACUUUGAAUAGAAUAAAGAAAGAUGUUGAAGUUAUUUCCAAGAGAGAUGAUGAUCUAGCUGUUAUAAUCGAAGAUUUACAAAAUACUCGCAAAGAGUUACAGAAUAAAGAAGGCGAAAAGAAAGAAGCAGAGAGAGCGACCGAGAAAAUGCUAGCUUUAGAUGACAACGUAGCAGAAGAGAUAAUUAGCACCAAUCGAGCUCGCGUUUUGGCUGUUGUUACAGGUUGGAAAGAAUUGGGUGAAUCAAUCGAUGAUCAAAUAAGUUGCGCCAAGAAGGAGCAACGUCGAACAGUGCAAAAAGCUUUAAGUAAUCAAGAACGUAUUUUGGAAAAAUUGGAGAAAACUUUAAUCGCUAGCGAGUCAGCUACUGAUGCUGAAGAGUGUUGCGAACAUCUAGACAAUCUUGAAAAUUUACUUGACAAAGUGAAAGAAGAAGAUCAAUUGGAGAGUGUUAUUGCUUCCAUGGAUGAAUCGUUCGUAAGAGAAAGUUAUGCAAGGUUGAGUGAUACCAGAGAGAAGAUCGCCAAGAGAGCAGAAAGCAGAGUGGUUGAACUGGGAAAGGCUGUGAAAGAAUGUGAACAUUUUGAGCAAAAAAUGAGCUCCUUCCAAUCGUGGGCUGGUGUAAUGCAAAGUUUAUUACAUUCACGUCGAGCAGCAGAUGUUUGUGCUCUGGAUGUGCCGGAAGAAUAUAAGCCUGCUUUUGAAAGUGGAAACCUGGUACAAGUGCUCUCUAAAGAAUUCGAGCUAUGGGAGAAAACUCUCAAUGAAUUAUCGUCUUGGCUUAAUGAUGACGAGAAGAAAAAUAAUGAACGUAUGCAAGCACAACGAGAUCACUCAAAGAAAAUGUUCACUAGCUUAAAGGAGCAAUUCGGUGAAUUUAAGCAACCCAAAUCUUUCUCAGAGCGCCUAGACCGGACAUUGCGAAACUUAUCUGACGUAGAGAACGCGUUAGACGAUUUAACUGGUAUUGAUGUAUCCACCUGCCCUGACGCAUUAUUAGAGGCGCGAAGACUCUUCAGACAGGUGAAAGAAAUUGAAGAUGAUUUACCAGCUUUAGAAAAAGGAAAGCAAGAUCUCAUCCAGAAUGGCUUACUUGAUAAAGAAACCGCACAAAAAGUAUCAGAGAAGUUACACCAUGCGAAAAAGAAGAGCACAGAGCUGGGACUGCGAGCGGAAGGCUCUGUAGAUCGCCUUGAAGAUUGUGUAAACCUCCAGGAAAAGCUCGAGGAGCAAAGCAAGAGUGUUGACCAGUUCCUAUCUGACAUUGAACAAAAAAUGGAUGACUUUUCUAAACAGGAAAAAGAUUUGGAUGAGAAAUCAGUUGAAGAAAUUGUUAGUCAUUUCAAUCGUAAUGAGAAUCUUCUGAAGAUUUUGGAAGAUACUGAACGUGUGCUUCGUGAAAACGGAGUUCAUGUAAAUGAAAACCUAACAUUAGAAAAAAGAAGAUUCGCUGAUAUGAUCAAACAUAGAUUAGAUGGUCUUAAUAAGACUGUGCAGGAAAUGGUCGUUGAUGAGGAUGAGCAAUUGCUACAACUGGACCAACUUCAUUGCAAUUUGAUGUCGAAAUUAAGUAACGUUGAUAAUUCUGAUCCUUCUGAAAUUGCUUCCACAUUACGUUUUCUCCGUGGUGACAGAGACCGCUUGUCUUCAAGGGCACGUCAGCUGGCAGCUGCAAAUCCUAGAUUGGCCAGCGGUGAACUCAUUUCUGGUGUGAACAAAAAGUGGCAAGAUCUCGAGAGCCGCCUUGUGAAUCCUCAAAAUGAGGAUGAUUCAUCAGCCGUGUAUUUAGACGAUAUUGAUGCUCAGCAACCUUUCCAUAGCCAAGUAUCUGCGUUGGAGAGUAGUUUCAAGAAAGCCAACACUAUUUUGGAUUUUGAGUCAAAGCCUGUAUCAUCUGUCACACAAUGGAGUAAUAGGAUACAAUCUGCGGAAGGCUUCCUCAAAUCAGCCCGACCUAUCCUCGAUCGUGUUCUCGCUGACGGCAGAAGGAUUGCCAAUAGUGGACGAAUGGAGUUGCAAUCUCAUGCUGAUAUUGAAAAGCUAGAUGAGAUUUGCGAUAUUGUUGAUAAAAUGGAGAUGACCAUUGAAGAUCACCGAUCAGUGUUAGAUCCCAUUUUACCAGAAUAUGAUGCGCUUCUCCGAGAUGUGACUGCUAUGGAUGAAGUUAUCGAUCAACUUGUAUCUAGAAAUUUGACUGAUCCUGAAAUUGCAAAGGCCACGAGAAAGGAUCUCCUCGAUCGCGACAAACAACUUUCUUCUUUGUCUGCAAGAGCAGCAUCUUGCCAUUCCAACUUACCAGGCAAAUCGUCUGAUGGAAGAGAUUUGACCCUGGUACAAUUGUUUGAUAAAGUGGCUAAAGUAGAAGCUGCAUUGACAGCAUUAGAGAGUUCUCGAGUGAACACUAAUGCUACACCAAUCAAAACUUCUCCUGAUCGCACUAGUGUGAGCAGUUUAGGACCGCUAGCAAUGGAGGCUCACGGAAAUGCAACAGAUUUUUAUACAACGGAAGAUGAGCAAAUGCUAGAAGAGAAAGGUUCCGAACCUUCCAGCGCAGAACAGAUUAUCGAGACUUCUGCCGCAGAGAACAAAAAAGAAGAGAAAGAACCGUUGCCGCUCGUUAUUCCACCAGAUGAGACGGAAAGUAAUAUGAACGUGGUAUAUUCUAAUAUUGAUAACAUUGAAGAAGCUCUAUCAUUUGAUGAGCAAUACCCGUUGGAAAAACUGGAAGAUGCAGAGGAUCGUUAUAAGAAUUACGAAAAAGAACUGGACGCUUCAGUAGAGAUUAUAAAGAAAAAUGAAAUGACUAUGGCCGUCAUGGAGUUCGAACAUGCUAAAGAGCGUGUGACAAACAUUCAGAAAGAUCUGGCUGACAGAAUCGAAAAAUACAAAUCUGAUAUGGCUACUUGGAAUGAUUUACAAAAGUUAAUAACUGACAGUAUCGAAAUGCUUUGUAAAGGAGAAAAAAUCAAAGAGAAUCUACAGGAUAAAGAUAUUCCUAUUGAAGAAAUCCAAACAAAACUCUUCUCGUUAUCUGAGGCUAUAAAAUCAGCAGAAAGCGUUGUUUGUACGUUGAUGGGUAGAGUUGGUCUUCUCUUACCCCAGAUGGUCGAGAAAAGUGGAAAAUCGGAGACGUUGAAGACACGUGUGAGAGAUGUUGAAGCUCGGUUCAGAAGCCUCAUCUCUUUUAUGGAUGAAAGUCAGCAAUCCUAUCAAGAAAAGCUCCUAAUGAAUGAAAACUCUCUGCGAAGUCAAUUAGAAUUGAUGGAAAAAUGGUGUGACGAGAAGACAGCUGAUUUUGGGAGUCUUCCAAAUAGUCUGGAUUCGUUUAGCUUGAACAAGAAAGUCGAAACUAUUAAAACAAAUCUUUCUGAGCUUACUGAGAAAAAGAAGAGUUUUGUUAUUUUGGAGAGUGUGAAAGAUCAAAUAAUAGCACUACCCUCAACGGACAAAGACACAAAGCAUGAUCUUAGAAGACUUUCCUGUAAUAUCGCCAAACGACUAGCUGACAUAAGAAGUGAUCUCACAGAUCGUCAAGCAGAUCUAGAGAAAGAUCUCCGUAUGGCAUACUCUUUCUGGGGUGAAUUGGAUGAGUUGUUGAAAAACUCGGAGAAAGUGCACAAACGAGCAAAUGAAAUUAAGUCAGCUGUUAUUUAUACUCCAUCCAGAGAGAAUAUUGAACACUGCCUACUGGACAAUGCUAAGCUCAGAAAAGAUUUGAUGCGUCUGAAAGAUAAAUUAAACUCUGCCACAAAAGAAGUUAUAGCAUUACCUGAAGAAGAAAUUAAGAAGGCAAAAAUCAGUUUGGAAUCAGCUAGCAAUUUCUUGGACUCGGCGAGUGCUUUACCUCAAAUCGAUUCUUUAACUGAAGAAUCAAUGAAUUCAUCGCUCGCUACUGUAGUUGAUUUGAAUGCCGAAAGUACGGACCAAACGAUAACUAGGAACACAAGUGUGCUAUCCAGUCAGACCGAAGGCUUUACCGAAGAAGCUGGGGAAGAGUUUGAUGAAAAUGAGCCUCAAAUAGUGGGAACACUUUCAUCUUGCAGAGAUUCUCAGACAAGUAGCAUUGUGACUGCUCCUCGUUUUUCAACGAAAGAUGAACAUUACAAUCAACUACUUACAACUCUCUGGCAUUGGCUCACUGAGAUGGAACGGGAUGCUAAUGCAACCGUCGAUGUGUCCGAUCUUAAUCAAAUUAAGAGUACUAUUGACGUUGUACAGACUGUAAGUGACAAUGUUCGACAUAAAACCAUGGAUGUAGUUGGAAUUCAAGAUAGUACAGGAACUCCGGUGCUUAAGCAAAGAGCCAGAGAACUGAUAUCAGAUAUGGAACGUAUCGAUAAAAGUUGCGAGCGUAGACGUCAACAACUCAGUCGGCUGUAUGACUCUUCACGCUCAUGGGAAAUAAUGAGAACAGAAUUAGAACUGUGGCUCGAUAACUCUGAAAUGUUAAUUGGACCUAAGAAAGCGGAAGAAGCGUCUGACGUUGCAAUGAAGGAGGAAUUGAGAGCCAUUGAAGAUAUAAUUAGUCAAUUAGAUCUCAAACGAGAAGUUGUAGACAAUUUGAAUCAAAAGGCCAAUAAACUGUUGGACGAGUUUCAAUCAGAUGAUAGGCAUAAACUGAGUCACCAACAAAGUAGAAUCAACAUGCGCUGGACUAAAUUCAAUGACAAUAUCCGUAUUCGUCGUGCUUUCCUAGAUGCUUCUCUGAGAUCGCGCGUAGAUUUCAGAUCUGCAUUGGAAGAGUUUGAAGAAUGGUUGAACCGUAUAGUCGAAAACGUACGUAAACUCGAACAAGGUACGGCUAACUCACAAGCCAUCAAGAAUAGCUCCAAGAGAAGAGAAUGGACCCAAGAGCAGAAGAUAUUGCAAGCUGAACUCGAUGCACAUGAGUCUGUGAAAAGCGCUGUGCAGGAUAUGGGACAUAAAGUGUUGGGUGGCUUGGAGCAAGCACAAGAGAAGAAACAACUUGAAGAACGUCUAACGCAUGUGGAAGAAGUAUGGAAAGCAGUAAAAGAAACCGAGAAGAUAGUCGGUGCUCGUUUGGAAUCUGCUGAACAAGAAUGGGAGAAGCUUACUCACUCUUUAUCUUGUUUGCUAUCGUGGAUUGAAGAAAGGAGCAAAGAGACACUUGCUCAACAGCCUGUAGCGGGGAACUUGUCUUCUGUAAUGCUUCAAAGCACCUGGGCAAAAAAUCUUGAACGUGAUAUGGAAAAUCAAGCUGGGAAUGUUAGGGACGUGAGUGCCAAUGCACAAUCAUAUCUAAUGCAGCAUGACCUACGUCCUAAAAUGCAUAAGCCUAAUGUACUAGUAGAUGAUGAGGAAUUAUUAGGAAUAAGCAACUCUGACGCAGAAAAACAAAGACAAGGGUUCCAAAUUCAUGCAGAUUGUGAACAGCUAAGAGAGAAAUGGGCCGAGCUUGGUAAACAGUUGAGCGACUGGCAGAAAGUUGUGUUCCAAGCCGCUCAGAGGCUACAAGAGCUAGAAAGUUGCUUGGCUGAAUGUCAACUUCAUUUAAGCUCUGUCGAGGCUGAGAUUGAGAAGAUGCCAGCCGUUGAGCAAUUACGAUUGGAAGAAUUGAAAGACGCGCGGGUAGAAUCAGAGGGCGUUAUGGCCAAAAUUGAUGGAUUACGCAUUCAUAUUGAUGAUGCAAACGAUGCUUGCGGGAAAAUCUUAGCAGCUGACCUUCAGCUGGAUCAGCAUCCACGAAAUCAGCUUGACGCUGUGAAUCAGAGAUUUGUUGCCAUCAGAACUAAUAUGAGAGUGCGUAUGGCUGCUCUUCGGAAUGCCUUAACCGACUUCGGUCCUUCGUCUGAGCAUUUCUUGAACCAAAGUGUUGCUGCUCCUUGGCAAAGAGCUAUCUCUAAGACAAAUCAACUUCCGUAUUACAUUGACCACACUACCGAGAAAACACAAUGGGAACACCCAGUUUGGGUGGAAAUGGCUAAAGAGUUGACACAGUUCAAUAGAGUGAAGUUCAUCGCAUACCGCACGGCUAUGAAGUUAAGAGCUUUACAAAAGCGUUUAUGUAUGGACUUGGUGGAUAUCGGUAUGCUGGAGAAAGUUUUUCCUCGGCUUGGUGGUCUUUCAAAUGAAGAGAGCCCUGCUCUCGAAGGAAUGGUCUGUACAUUAUUGCCUCUGUUCGAAGAAGUUCACUCCAAACAUCCGAAUCAAUUGAGAAGUGUUUCCUUGGCAGUUGAUCUAUGCAUCAAUUUCCUUUUAAACUUAUUUGAUCCCUCUCGUGAUGGUAUACUACGCGUUCUCUCUUUCAAAAUAGCUCUGAUAGUUUUUUGUAAUACUCCUCUAGAAGAGAAGUACAGAUAUAUUUUCGACUUGGUAGCUCAAGAAGGACAAGCCGAUCAAAAACACAUCGCCUUGCUUUUGUAUGAUCUCAUACACAUUCCUCGAUUAGUAGGUGAAGCUGCCGCUUUCGGUGGGUCAAAUGUGGAACCUUCGGUUCGUUCUUGUUUUGGAACUGUCCGUCUGGCAUCUUCCAUCAAUGUAUCUUCGUUCCUGGAAUGGCUGAAGCAAGAACCACAAUCAAUCGUUUGGCUUCCAGUAAUGCAUCGAUUGGCAGCAGCUGAAUUCGCAAAACAUUCGGCAAAGUGCAAUGUUUGCAAAAUGUUCCCCAUUGUUGGAUUACGUUAUCGUUGUUUACGUUGUUUCAAUCUCGAUCUCUGUCAGAACUGCUUCUUCAGCCAGAGGAUAGCUAAGAAACACAAACUCAAACAUCCUAUGCAAGAGUAUGCGAUGCCGACAACCUCCUCUGAAGAUGCUCGUGAUUUUGCUAAGAUGGUUAAGAACAAGUUCAGUCGCUCAAAGAGUACUUUAGGAUAUCUUCCUGUAGACAUGGGAGACGAAGGUCAGCCACUGUGUGCAGCUCCCCACCCAGCUCACAAUCCCUCAACAUAUCAAAUCCAUCAGAGGACUGCUGCACUGGCUCAAAGAUUAGCUGUUUUGACAGCGAGCCAGCAAGCAGAGCCUCGAGAAGAAAUGGCUGUAGUAGACUUGAAGAGUCCUGCUCAACUUAUCAGUCAGGUGGAACAAAUGCAAAAAGAUGAAUUAGACCAAUUAUUGCAUCGACUACAACUUGAAAACUCGGAACUGAAGAGGGAGUUAGAACGUCGACGAACUUCUACAACCAGUACUCCUCAAAUUGAUAGAUGUGGUUAUUCAAGUCCAAUAGAUAGCAGGAGAAGUGAAAACAGAGCUGGCACUCUGCCACGGUUAGGAGCUCAAGCUAGACAGGGUAGAAGUGUACCAACACUGAAAACAGCUCAAAGCCAAGGCGACAUAAUGGACGAAGCUAGAGCUCUCCGUCUACACAAACAACGCUUAGAGCAUCGUUCCCGAAUUUUAGAACAACAGAAUGAGCAGUUAGAACUCCAACUACAACGGUUGAAGAAAGUAAUUGAUCAUCAGCAGAAGGAUACCCGAGAAAGUGUUGGUCGUACUACAGCAAGUGUUGAUCGAGAAUGGAUUGGUCGACAGAGUCAAACGGACAUCGAUCCUUCGCGAUGGGAGGAUCCUGAAAUCAGGAGUACACGAAUGCAAUCACUUUUGGCGACUGUAGAUGACUUAGGUAAAGCGAUGGAGAAUCUUGUAGUUUCUGUAGUCUACGACAGUGAUUCAGAUGAUUGA